CUUCAUUUGGAAGAAAUUCCCCUCAUCUUCGAGUACUCCUCUGCAUUGAAAAUUUUCUUUUCUGCACUUAGACAAUACGUACUUUUACUUUUAAAAGGUUUUAGAUCCCAUUAUGUAAUCGAAAAUUGAAAAAUAAUGAUACAUAAUGAAAGAAGAUUGUACUUUAGACUUUAUAGUUUCUGCGUAACUGCAUAUGAGCAUGAAGGUUAAAUUGGUCAUACAAUCGAAGAUGGACAACUUUUUGGAGGCCAAUCAAAGCCAACAAUCCAUCGACUGCCCUCCAUGUAUAAACAGCCAAGAGGGCCUAAACAUCUCAUCUCACAUCCAUAAUUUAAAGAAGAUUUUAGCAUUCCUUUCUUUCUUUCUUUCUUCUUUCUCCGAUCUUUUGAGGGGGAAAGCUCAUUGAGAAGAUUAAAUUUUAAUUAAUGGGAAGUCUUCCUGAAACGCCAAGCUCAGCCCACCUAUACCCUCAAGCACUUCAGGUCAAGCUCUACCAAGCAUUCAUCUUCUCCAUCCCUAUUCUUUUCUCAAUCAUCCUCUUCCUACUCUUCUACCUCUUCUAUCUCAAGAGGAGGGCCAUUUCGAAUCCUAGCGUCUCAUCUCAGCCAGUCAUCGCAAGGAUAUCCCGUCGAGCAACUCCGUAUCUUCCCUCGCCAUGUCUGAUGGGCUUGAAAGGGGAGCUCAAGGACAAGCUUCCCAUUGUUCUCUUUGAUGAAGAACUUGGGAGAAGGGACUCGCAGUGCUGUGUUUGCUUGGGAGAGUUCGAGCUGAAAGAGGAGCUGCUGCAAGUGCCCUCUUGCAAGCAUGUCUUUCAUGUCGACUGCAUCCACCACUGGCUCCAUUCCAAUUCCACCUGCCCGCUCUGCCGCUGCUCCAUCUCCCCCGCCGCCACAGUGCCCUGCAUCCAGCCUCCGCCUCUGCCCCCUCAACAGAUGGUGGCAGAACAACCUGAUCCAAUGCCAGAGCCGUCGAGUUCUUCGGAGACUACAAGCAAUGUGAUCAAUGAUUGUUCUAGGGAUCAUUCCGUGGUUCUCCACGUCCGAGAAGAGGGGUCGUGAGGUGAAGCACCGCCAUUUAUGCACGAGAAGAUUUUGGAGGAAUUCAAUUGACUGAGCACGCGUGGCGUGUUGGUAAACUACGCUCUACGUGAACGGACUAUCAGAUUGAAACAAUAGGAUGAUAACAGACCAUGGUCUCACCGAGGAAAAAAGAGAAUAUCAAGUUGAAUUAGCUAGCUGGUUGGCGCUUGUACAUAAUAUGAUUAUAUCCUUUGGCUAAUUAGCUGCAAUCGAUAGAAUCUUGGAUUAAUCACCUAAAAAAAUUAUGACAUUUAUGCUCU